GAGGUGGAGAUGCAGAGCUUCAGAUCUGAGAAAGGAGACUCGUCGUCGGCCUCCACUGGGCUUUCCUUUUUGUGUUUCGUUCUUUUACCUUCAGUUUUCUCACCCUUUCUUCUCUCUUUGAUCUACAUUCUACUUACAUCUUUUCUCUUUAAAUCUUUUUGCCUCUAGCUAGGUUGAAAUGGCCAGAAAUACAAUCACCUCAACGAUGAUAGUUCCUGAUGUUCUUUCAGAGAGCAAUUAUGAAGAGUGGAGCAAUUGCAUGAGAAACUAUUUAUUGGCACAAAAUCUUUGGAAUGUUGUUGAAUCAAGCAAUGUACCGUCUUCUACUGAUGAAGAGGUUACCGCUGAUUGGAACAGAAAGAAUGCUGCAGUUCUACACGCCCUUCAAAUCUCAUGUGCACCGGAGAUUUUUGCUCAGAUAAUGGGGAAAACUUCAGCGAAAGAGGCUUGGGAAGAAUUGACUGGAAUACAUGAAAUGAAGAAUAAAUGGCACUUGGAGGGACCUCAAUCAUUAAGUCUGGUGUCAGAGCUCUGCAGAUUCUCUGAGGGAACCAUUCCAGGCGGGGAAACGGAGCCAAUUGAAAGGAGUCUUAGCGAUCAAUUCUUUGAUGCCGUUUGCAAUGAGAAGUGGGAUGCCGUUAUCAACUUGUUAGAAAAGUGUGAGCGUCCUGGAAAAAAUCCACAAAUUGUUGGUGAUGGUGUUUGCCUUCUUCAUGUUGCAGCAGCACUCGGUAAUGUGGAGGGGGUUGAGAAACUGGUGCAGAUAAUGUCCGACGAAGAAAUCUCGGCUAAAGAUAAAAGUGAUUACACAGCUCUUGCCUAUGCUGCCUAUUUUGGAAAAACGGACAUUGCAAAAUGCUUAACUAAAAAGAACAAAAACUUGCUCAAAAUGCCGAACAAAGAAGGAAUGAUUCCAGUGGUGCAGGCAUGCGUCCAACGCAGGAAGGAAACAACACGCUAUCUCUUCUCUGAGACUCUGGAAUUCCUAGCCCCGGGCAACGGCGAGCAUGGUCCCUUACUCCUCCAUUUUUGUAUGCUUAAUGAAAUGCUUGAUAUUGCUUUAGAUCUACUGGAUAAAUAUCCGCGUUUGGUGUUCACCAGAUUCAAAUACAAUAGUCGGGAGUUGACUCCGAUUCUAACAUUGUCUGCUCAAACCUCCCUGUUCCAUAGUGGAGCCCGACUUUCAUUUCUGCGGCGACGGAUUUAUUAUCUUAUAUCCGAUGAGGAAGUAAAGCCGCCAACUACAGUCUCUACUGAUGUUAGUAUUUCUGUUGCUUCAGUGCAUCAAAAUGAACAAAAUGACAUCAAAAGACAAGGGAUUAAUGACAUACGCGAGCGGAAGUUGAUCCAUACACGUGCUUCUAAUAUUUUGCGUUUGGCAGCUAAUGAAUUACCGAAAUUGAAUGCGGAAGAAAUGGCUGAGAGUAGAAUCCUUCCAGCUUUGUUCCAAUCUAUCAAGCAUGGCAUAAUAGAGUUUUUUAAAAUUGUAGACUUUAACCCGGAUGCAAGGGAUUUUGCAUCUGAUGGAAAGGCAAUUUAUUCAAUCAAAUGUCGUCGACGGGAGUAUGUUCGUUGUUUUAGCCCUAGGUGGAAACAAUCAUGGGAUACAUGGACAGAUGACGAUGGCAACAAUGUGCUUCACAUAGCAGCAAAGUUAGGUCCAGAGUCUUAUCUUACUCAAUUUUCAGGUGCAGCCCUUCAAAUGCAGAAGGAAUUACAAUGGUUCAAGGAAUUUGAGUCUGAAUUUCCAUUGUGUAAAAGCUGGAUGAAUCACAAGGGAGAAACUCCUUGGCAAGUGUUUACCAGGGAGCACAAGCAAUUGUUAAAGGAAGCUGAAUCAUGGAUGAAGAAAACAGCAAAUUCUUACAUUAUAGUCGGUACCCUCAUCAUCACUAUUAUGUUUGCUGCAGCCUUCACCAUCCCCGGUGGUAACAAUGGAAAAGGCUAUCCCGUGUUCUCACAUAAAAGAUUAUUUUUGACAUACAUAAUGUCAGAUGCAAUUUCUCUGUCCGCUGCAUCUACUUCAGUGCUGACGUUUUUAGGAAUCCUCACAUAUCCCUACACUGAAAAGGAUUUUCGUAAGUUGGCAAUCGGCAUUCUCAUGCUCCUCAUUUCUGUUGCAACAAUGAUGGUAGCGUUUUGUGCUGCUGUUUCAAUAAUGUUACCUGAUCGAUGGUGGGUAGUCUUCUCGCUAGUUUUGCUCGCCUGCAUUCCGGUCGUUGUCUUUUGGUCAUCGCAAUCUCAGAUUCUUAUUGAGAUUAUUGAUUCUAUUUAUGGGCCAGGAAUCUUUAAGAUGGGGAGAUUCUUCAUAAGAAAAAUGAUAUACAUAAUGAGAGAAUUUACAGGGAAACUUAAGAAGAAAAGGGAGUAAGUUAAUUAACUACCUUUUUAUGUAUUCUAUGGAUCAUAUGAUUUGGCUUUUACAUGUAUCGCAGCUGUGAUUAUGGAAUGUGUAAUGACAUUAUUAAACUUACUCCUAAUGUAAUCUUGUAUCUUUGUGAAAAUUUCAUGAAUGGUUUAUCCUGUUUAAUUUCUAUUUUGGUAUAUGAUUCGAUGAAAAUUAAAAAAAAAAAAAAUUG